GGGACAGUUAAGAGGAAACAGGAGCUGAGUCGGUCCUGUUGUGUUUGUUUGAAGUGUGUGGCCUAGGCAGCAUGCGUGUUUGGUACACCGCCGUUCGCAGGAACACUGACUUUGUCGACAAAAUUCCCUUUGAACAGAAGCGGAUGUGAGGAAAAUAUAAUCAAGUCCUAAUUAUUAUUUUAUAAGGAAGCAUGGACUCUUGCAGAUGACUACCAACAUUCUCGUGGAUUUUACUAGUCUGGAGUGGAAAUAUACUACUGCGUUUAUGUGGAAGCCUCGAAGUAGACGAAAAUUGUGUUAAAUAAGGCGAAUGUGGAUGUAUGCUGUCCAGGGCUUUGGAGCAAGGUUUCCACAUCAUGCCCAUUGUUGUAGAUCCUUAAUUACCACCUCAUCAUCUUCAUGAGACAAAAUGGGUUCCAAUGUUGAACUUGAUAUUGGAGCUGAUAUUUCAGAUGAACGACAUUGUAAGAAUCAAGAAGUGAGAAAUUCAACAAACUGUGGACUGAAGAAGACACGACAGCGGAAGAAGAUCUCUCCUUAUUCUUCCAAAGUUUCUGGGAUUCAACACUGCACUAAUGCAACUGGAGAACCUCUUGACCAAGACAGGUUGAAAAGCAGCAAAGAUUAUCAACAUGUCUUGUUGGAUGUUGCUGCCACUUGCACAAAGAAUGAACCAGAGAGUGCAGUGACUGUGACAGCAGUGUCUGGGGUUACCUUGUCAGAAGAGACUGAGAAGUCCCCAAGAUUAAUGGUCAGCUGCACUUCCUCACAAGGAGAGCGCGAGAGAGUCAAAGAAACACCAGGCACUCUACCUUUGUUAUCCAUGCAUGUGAGAUGGGAGAGGGAGGAUGUUAGCCUUAAACCAGUUGAAGGAGUAGGUUUAGGCAGUGUGGAUUGUGUGGUUGGUGGAAAUCAAGAUGAUGCAGCUGCACCUUCCAGCCUAGAUUCAUUAACUGAUAAAACUGAGCUUGGCAAAACACAAGUCUCUAUGAACCAAAGUGAACAAUCAGUGUGCAGCCAAACAAGCUAUAAAAAUGCUGAAGAGGAUACAACUGGUGUGUGUUUACAGGCUUACUUAAGUGCAUCUCUUCCUUUGUUCUAUGUAACCGUUGUAAAAGAUCCACAAUAUGAAGAUAUUUCAGACACAGAAGAUUUAUCAAAUAUGGAUAUGAAUCUCCUAAACACAAAGCAAAGGGACCCUUCAAGUGAAGACGUAAGUGAAGAAAAUCCAGAAGUUGAUAAUAAUGAUGAGGAGCUGCCUUCACCUUCAUGUGAAGUGUCUGAAGCCAGCAUUACGCAGUCUGGAGGUGUGCAGAGUCAGGCCAAGAUUCCAAAGAACCAAACACUUGGCAUAGCACAACAUUGCUCUUGUCCAUGUUUUGUUGAAACGGAGGAUGGGUUUGAACGUUUAUUAUGUCCUAAAUGUGACAGUGAGAAACAUUUAAAUUGGCAAGCAAGCUGCUCUUUGAGCCCCCUUUCUGAUGCACAAGACCAAGAGGAGACUGAUGAGGACGAUGAUUGGCUAGUUAUGCCUAUUAGCGUGUUAGAUGUUAAAUGGGAACCAGCAGAUGAAGGCCAGGCUGACCCAGAAACAGUUUCACAGCAUGAUGGUGAGCAUGAAGACCAGGUGAAACAAAGUGACCCAAAUCCAGCUGUCUGUGAGGUACCCAGAUCUGUUCCAAACCAUGUACCAGCUUCUGCUUUUUCUAUGAUGGAGGUUUUUGACACACCUUCUCAUCUAGCAAAAGUCAUACAAUCUAGAGAGACAAUGCAACAAUCCUUCAUGGUGCCUUCUUCCUGGGGCACAACUGAGACAAAAGCUCAUAGACCGCAAAAUAGGGAAUCACAUAGUGAUCCUGAUGACAGUUGUGAAACUGAAGAUAGUUCUGAUUACUCUUCUGAUUCAGGACGUAACUAUCUGACAGUGUCCAAACAGUUGUUAAAUAACCUGUCAAUGCCUGCAUCAGCAGAGAAAAAUGACUCUGAUUCUGAAAAAGAAAAUGAAGACCAUGAGAUGACAAAUUUACAACAAAGUCAAACGGGGGACAGAAGCAAGCCUUCAGAAAAGGAUGACAUCAUCAACCUUGAUUCUGACACAGAGGAUGAAGGUGUCCAAAGCUGUCCAGAGACAAAAACAAAGAGAUUGUUCUCUGUGUGCAUAGAGAACAGUGGAGCUGCCAGCCUUAAUCAACUGAAGAAACCUUCUCCUGAAACUGUUGAUGGUCAGUGCAGAACUGUGAAAGGAAACUGUCAAACCAAUGGACUUAAAUCUACAUUAUCCAGAUGUUGUAACAAAGUGAUCCAGAGUGGGAACUCUGACCUUUCACAAAGGACAGAAAAGUGUAAUAAUACUGGAUCUCACCAUGGUAUAAAAGUGCAAAACAUUUCAGAUGAUCCUGCUGUUAUAGUAAUAUCUGACACAGAGGAUGAUGGAAACCAAAUUAACAGACAUUUCAAGAGGAAAAGUGGACUCCUCUCUGAGUCGAUGGGGAGGGAUGGUACUUCACAUGAUGAAAAAAGGAAAAACAAUAAAACGCAGGACGGCAAGCAUGAAAGUGCUAGAAGAAAGACCACAGAGCCUGGUAUGUUUCCUGCAGACACAAAGUCUCAGCAUCAAUCCAAACUUCAACAUCCACAGUUGAAAGAAAAGAAACAGGACGUAAAUUUUAGACCAUCGCACAGUAUAAAGAAGAGAAAACUGAUUAAAGUUAUAAGGGAUCCUAAGCACUUUCAUCAAAAAGCCAACAGACCAGCUACCUCAAAAACAGUGGAAACAGACAUGGAAAAAGUCCUUACCAAAAGUAAGACAUUUUCUUUAGAAAUGGAGGAUAUCAACGGUACCUUCAUUGAAGCCCAAACCAAGAUUUUUGCCAAUGAAAACUCUCAAAUCAAUCUGUCAUCCAAAGACUCAUCUGAGAAGUUUCUGAAGUCUGUGGCGAGGGAGGCAUACUCCACUAAAGCUUGCCACGAGCAUGUUCAACAAAAGGCAAAAAGGCAGUUGACCUCAAAAACAAUGGAAAAUGUGGUAGAAAAAUGCGUUAACAAACAGAAGAAAAGAACCAUAGUACUCUCAUCACUAACUGAGGGCAGCAAUGAUGCCUUACUUCAUGGACAAACUAGUCCAUCAUCCAAGUACAUGCCUAAAAGGUAUCCCCAGACUGUGGAUUUGAGUCCUAAUCCCGUGAGUCCUCACUUUUUUGUUCAAAAAUCUUCUCAGCCUUGUGAGCGCUUGAAGCACAUGGAGCACUCUACAGUCCAAAAAAAUGAAACUCUGGUGGCACCAGAAACCAGCAAAAACACUCGCUCCUCUAAAAAGGAGACGCAACAUUUUUACAAAGAGAUAAAUGACAAGACUGGAUACAGAGGAAAGCACCACACUGAUGCACACCAUACAUUACUUUCUAAAACUAAUAACAGCUCAGCUAGUCCCAGACAACAUUUUUCUUUAUACAGUUUACAGCAAUCUCAUUCCAACAGCAGCACCUCAACAUUAAGUCAGUCUUACACUCAUACAAAGGACCCAUCAUCCUCUACAUCCAUGCAGCAAUCAGCCAAGAAGCAAGUGUUUAAUGACUGUCAAAAGCGCUUUGUCCCAACCAGGAGAGCUCAAAAAAGUAGUCUGGAGAGUAACCUACGAACCCACAACAGCUUCAAGUCACUGAAGAAAGGUAGAUCUGGUGAUGAUGUGGCACCCAAACAGAGACACAGCUCCUGUCAGUCUGUACCUCCUCUGAUGAAGAGGACCAAGUGUGAGGCCAUUCAGCUGACAAAGGCCAGAAAUCGGGACACGGCACGGAAACAAAGAUUCCCUGUGAGUGAAGGCUGUAAGUGGAAGAAUGAAACAAGCUUCAUGGCUAACAGAAGAUGAUCCUCAACAAUAUAUACAUGGACUGCAUAUAAAACAUGAAUCAGGCUUCUGGCCCAAAUGUAAAACUAUACAUUCUUACGUUUCUUUUUUUCCUAACAGCCCUGAGGGAACUAUUUUGAGUUGUUUCAGAUGUUUGUAGAGGUGCCACCAUUUCUGUCUGGUUUAUCAAAAGCUCUUCGGUACAGUACAGUGACAUUUCAUAUAAAACUGUAAAAUAUUCAAUAUUUUACUUGUUGUCAGUGUUAAAUAUGUACAUUUAAUUAAUGUUAUAUUGUUAA